CCUGAAUUGCCUUUGCCCUUAACCUCUCUCCGGCCGUCUAUUGAAGACUCUUCUCCCUACAUCCGGGUUAGUGAAGAUUUAGGUGCCAUGGGUGACACAGUUGAUUUAACCGGAGAUGGAGGGGUUCUGAAAAAAAUUGUCCGAAGAGCAAAAUCGGAUGCUGUUUCUCCAUCAGAGAGCCUCCCUCUUCUUGAUGUUCAUUAUGAAGGGAGUCUUGCAGAGACUAGUGAAGUCUUUGAUACGACCCGUGAGGAUAAUACGGUGUUCACAUUUGAGGUGGGCAAGGGAUCUGUCAUCAAGGCUUGGGAUAUUGCCCUCAGAACCAUGAAGGUCGGGGAGGUAGCUGUGAUCACCUGCAAACCAGAAUAUGCUUAUGGCACUGCAGGGUCUCCCCCAGAUAUCCCUCCAGAGGCAACACUUGUAUUUGAGGUAGAACUGGUGGCUUGUCGGCCUAGGAAAGGAUCUAGCUUGGGCAGUGUCUCUGAUGAAAAAACAAGGCUUGAGGAGCUAAAGAAACAAAGGGAGGUAUUGGCCGCCAACAAAGAGGAGGAGAAGAAGAAGAGAGAGGAAGCCAAGGCAGCUGCUGCCGCUCGUAUCCAAGCAAAGCUUGAUGCAAAGAAAAAUCAAGGCAAAGGGAAAGGGAAAGCUAAGUAGCCAUAGUGUGUAUGUUUAUUAUCCAUGACUGACUCAUGAUAAUUGAAGCUUCCAACAUUAUUUCGAUGAGAUGAUGUGCAUGGUGGUGUUGUACUUUGACCUUCACUGACUCAACAAUUUCUUGUAUUAUUUGAAAAUUUCUGUAUUCUUCUUUAUUUAUUACAUCUCACUUUUCAUAAU